CAUUCUAUGUUUCGCAGACUAUUUUCUAUGAAUCGAUUUUUUUAAAUAAAACAACAUCAUAUAUAAAAUGAAGAUCAUUUGUGCGGGCCUUCCGAAAACCGGGACGAAGUCUUUGGUAAUGGCCUUGCGUCAAUUAGGAUACACAGUAUAUGACAGUCCAGAACAUGCUCUUUUUCACAAUGAAGAAUGGGGCAGAAUACUGGAUGGCAAAACAACUUCGGAAGCGUUUUUAGAAAUGUACGAUGAUGUAGAUGCGGUGGCAGAUACUCCAGCUUGUGCAAUGUGGGAUCAUAUACUGGAAGCUUAUCCCGAUGCAAAGGUAAUAUUAACAGUUCGGGACAACGAAGACACUUGGUAUGAUAGUUUCAGACGACAUUUCAAAAAGUACGGCGAAGUCUAUCCUCUGUCAAAAAAUUCUGAGCGACUCGAAAUCAUUACAAGACUCGCUUCGUCAAGUUUAAAUCGACACUGGAAAACGAUUAACAAUGGAUUGAUUGCCUGUUUUGGUUUCCAGGUUUGCUCAGACAACACAAACCAAAUGCUUGCCAAGUCAGCGUACCGUAGACACAAUGCUUACGUCGAAGGUCGUUGCCGAUCUGAUCAGUUACUCGUGUUUAACGUGAAAUCCGGUUGGAAACCGUUAUGUGAAUUUCUUGGUCAUGAUUUGUCGGAUCGAGGACCUUUUCCACACGUGAACAAGAACGGCGAAAUCAUACCAGACAACCUCGGGUUUGAAAAUUUGGCAACACUUAAAAAGACAUUAGUUAACCAAUUAAUCUCGGGAUUGUUUAUGAAAUUUGUAUUUGUUUGUCUAUUGGUUGGUGUAUUUAUCAUGAUUUGAUCAGUUUACUUUCAAUUUGAGCAUUUUCAAUUCAUUCCAUACCGAUUCUGACCUAUGUGAAAUCCACUGACCUCGUACUCGGAUUUUUAAUAAUUCCUCAUUUGCAUGCCCUACUUCAGCAUAUGAUGAAGUAAAUGAUGAAGUGCGGUCUGUUCUCAAUUAAUUACAGAUAACUCGGUUUCAUUGAAAAAUGGUGGAGGAGUUACGGAAAUAUCAUAAAUAAAAUAUUUUUAUUAUUCGUCGCAUCCUUUAAUUAUGUCCUAGUUAAUUCUGCCACAAAUAUACCGAAGUUUAUUUUGUUACAAUAUUUAUUAAAACAAGAACAUAAGAUGCGUGAAGUACAUGAAUAUGUCUAUGAAUUCCUGCUUGUCAAAAAUGUUCUGACUUUGUUACUUAGUUUUCUUACUUAUUUCUUUAUACAUUAACUAUCAUUAUAAUAUGCAAUGAUAUUGAAAAUGAUGUGUCGUGUAUAUGAAAGUCAUAAAUACUUUGCAGAUUGAUAAAUUUCUCGUGUCACUGGCACUAAUUGUAAAUGGGAUAACUCUCGUUUCUUCCUUUUUCUUCGAAUUUAACGAGUAAACAUGCCUAACGGCUAAACGUGAAGUUUCUAUACAAUGCCACGCAUUUUUGUGGCUUUUAGAAAGACAGUACUACCUACUUAAGUCGCAGCAAUCUACAAACGUAAACAAUAAACUAGAUAUAUGCUGAUGAAAUGAUGUCAUAUUGAAGGAUCGUCAAAACACAUCUAUUUCAAUUUUGAUACAAAAUUAUUAACAAUCUAUAAUUUUGAUUGUAAAUUUUCAUAGAUCAUCUUUAUAUUGUUUAUUAUUUGAAAAUUUGAAUAAUUUUGGAUUUCAACGAAAUACUAUAUACUACUAUGUAUUGAUAACAUAUCGAAAGUCCGAUUUACUUUUGGGUGAAAUGAAGGCUUUUCGGCGAUUUUUUUUCCUACAAUCGAUAUAACUGAUUAAUAUUUUAUGAUUAGUCUUAGUGGAAAAUAAAAUUUAUUACAUUUUUCUAAAUACUCUUUUCAAAUCCUCCCAUACCAACAAAUAAGUAAUUAUGUUUUGCAAAUUUGUAUAUUCUUAUAAUCAAUUUUGAGGGAACAAUAUUAUAAAAUUCAUUUAUAGCGAAAAAUAAGGUUCAAUUUUGUGCCUUCAAACAGAAUUGAUGUAUUUUGACAGAAUUAGUUUAUAUUCGUAAGUUGAAUGAAGCCCGAAACAGCAACAGUGCAACUGUAAACCCAGUAAUAACUCUGUAACUUAGUCAAAACUCAGUGCUUCACCUUUCGGCAGAGGGAGGAGACGUGCGUCAUAAACGAGGAAUUAAAAUAUAACUAACAAUUGAUCGAUUGUGACUGAAUAAAAAAGCAACCAUGUUUUCUAUUUUGAUGUUUUUGCCAGCCAAUGCAAUGUUUUAUAACGAUAUAUGUAUUUGAUUCAACAUUGUGAAAUAUUGUGUUGAAAUUACAUUAAUUUAUUUGUCAUACAUGUA